CAGGUGUACGUCAGGUGUUGAAAGGUGUUCUUAUCUCUCUGGACGCGCGCCACUGCUCUGACGGGCCUGUGGUACCACCGCCGCACUCCAUGUCAUCGUCUGCAGAUGUCCUCACGCCCACCUAUACAGGUGCAAACGGGUCCGAAUUCCCGGGUCAUGGUGCAGGCGUAGAGGCGAGCGUACGCAAUUGUGACACCACCGCAAGCAGAGGGUCGGAGCUUGUUGCCGUCAAGGAGCUUGCUGCUCAUGACCUUGAGAAUGAGGCACCUGGCCCUGAAAAUGGGGCCAGGACAGGUGCGAAUGUCAAUACCAACACCCGUCGCUAUAGCUCAGCGAGAACACCGUCAUCGACAUCUCGGACAAUAUUUAUUCACCCCACUAUGCGCUCUACGUCCUUACAAGCGACCGGCUCGCGGAGCCUCUCAAAUAUGAGCUCACCUUCGAGCGACCAACACAUGGACGCCAUCCACCCACGCGCUCGAGCAGCCUCCUUCUCACAAAGUGGGACGGACACGCCGAGCCACAGAGCACCAUUGCACUGUACGACCGAGGUGGAGAAGAUGGAGAGAAACAUACGCACCCGCCGGUACAGCCUACGGUCACUGCUGUCCAAGAUAUCACGCACGGGCAUGCGUUACGACAUCGCCAAAAAGUGUUCGUCGUGUGGGGACGAUAGGGACGAGCCCUCCGCACACCACGUGGCCCAGCAGUUGGCCUUCUGCGCCACGUGGGCACUGGACAAUUCCUUUUUUGCGCUGGAUGAUCUUCUGCUCUCUCGCCCGUUAUUGCUGGGCAAGCCGUAUAUGUUGGACCACAGUGAGUGUGGGAGACAUGUCAAGAUAUCAGCCGAUGGCCUGGAGGUGCGCAAUGACACGCACGAGUUCGAGAGUAUCCGCGGGGGCAUGGGCGUGAGCCAGGGAUGCUACUACUAUGAGACCCAGGUACUGGGCCCGUUCUGCUUUCAAAUCGGUUGGACUACCGGCAGUGUGACCUACUACCAAGGCGGCGAUGGCGUGGGUGAUGAUGUGGGAUCCGUCGGCUACGACCCUGUACGACAACUGCUGUGGUCCAACAGAGGCACGGACGAUAAAACAGUCCCAGCCCAGGCCAGUCGACCCAUGCAGAGCGGUGACGUGCUCGGUUUCUACAUCGAGCUGUUUGAAAGGGCCAAGUACGGACGGUACACCUUUGCACUCAAUGGCGAAGUGGUGGUGAGCCUUCACAGUCGCUUCCCGGUGAGUCCAGAGACGAGGUACUAUCCUGCGGCGAGUUUUAAUUAUCAGCACCUGAGGUUUAACUUUGGCCAGCGGCCGUUCAAGUUCGAGCCCCCGCCGCACUACGAACCACUGGACGCGUGUGUGCACCAGGGAGACUACAACUUCGGGCUGGCUAGGAUACCAUCGGCCUACACGCGCCACCAUGAACACAUUGAAAUUCUCAAGGGCAGGGCUUCUGGGCGCACCCCCACGCCGCUUGAAGGCAUCAACGAGUGCCAGAUAUGCUUUGAAAAAGAGGCCGAUGUCACCAUCAUGCCGUGCACGCACGACAGUAUGUGUAUGUCCUGUCUAUUGCGAUGCACCCAUUGCCCCAUGUGUCGGGUGCCGAUCGAGGACAGGUUGACGAGUGAACGGCUACACAAGUACCAGGAAGCAGCGUGACGGGUCACCCACCUGCGCCUGUGAGCUAGAGUGACUGGCCCGGAGACAACCCAACUACGAAUCCUAUGCAAACGCACGCGUUGUUUGUCUGCGUGUAUCACACUUAAUCGCUGGUAAGCGACUUGGUGUAUUUUAGAGCCGAAUUUGUCUGAUAACAGACAUAGUGUUUGGAUUUUCCCCCAUCCCCACCCUCACCCUCACGUCCUCCCCUCCCAUACCAUCCGCUCCCAUAUGGAGACGUGCGUGCGUUUAUAUAGGCACGUAUCCCUUUAUAGUUUCAGAUCAAACCAUCGAUAUUGUGAGCUUCAGAUCGGAAGCUUGCGGUGGUUUAGGCGUAAAUAGUCGUAUUCAUGACACCACCCGAUGCGAACUCCGUUCGUGCGCGUAGAUUCUGGAGUAUACAAUAUGGGCACCGAUUGAUUAUACAUACUUUUCAGCAGAAUAUACGAGGCAAGCCUACUACUUCAAAAAUCAAUACCGUGGAAUUGCAAGAAUCGACUGGCCUCAGUCGGAUAUAUAAUUAAAAUUUUAUCUCAGAA